CAAUGUUCCACACCGCCCGGCCACAGAGCCGCCGCCGCCGCCGUAGAGCCCCCCGGCCGCCUCCGUCCCCUCCUCGGGCGCCGCGGGCCCGGCCCGGCCCCCCGCCAUCCCGCCCCUCCGACCCAGCAGCGGGACAGGACGCCGGCGAAGUUCCCCACGAUGUCCAGUGACAGGCAGAGGUCAGAUGAUGAGAGCCCCAGUACCAGCAGCGGCAGCUCAGACGCCGACCAGAGGGAUCCCCCGGCACCUGAACCUGAGGAGCAGGAGGAAAGGAAACCCUCUGCCACCCAACAGAAGAAGAACACCAAACUCUCCAGCAAAACUACUGCUAAGCUAUCUACUAGUGCUAAAAGAAUCCAGAAGGAGCUAGCUGAAAUAACUCUUGAUCCUCCUCCUAACUGCAGUGCCGGCCCUAAAGGAGAUAACAUUUAUGAAUGGAGAUCAACUAUACUUGGACCUCCGGGUUCUGUAUAUGAGGGGGGCGUUUUUUUCCUGGAUAUCACAUUUUCAUCUGACUAUCCAUUCAAGCCACCAAAGGUUACUUUCCGCACCAGAAUUUAUCACUGCAACAUCAACAGUCAGGGAGUCAUCUGUCUGGAUAUCCUGAAGGACAACUGGAGCCCUGCUUUGACUAUUUCAAAGGUCCUGCUGUCUAUUUGUUCUCUUUUGACAGACUGCAACCCGGCUGAUCCUCUGGUUGGAAGCAUAGCCACUCAGUAUCUGACCAACAGAGCAGAACAUGACAGGAUAGCCAGACAGUGGACCAAGAGAUAUGCAACAUAAACGACAAACUACUUGUGCAGUGUGAAGGUGCAGAAGGCAACUUUACAGUGUGCAACAAAUCUUUAUAGCCUUUACAAUACGGACUUCUGUGUAUAUGUUAUACUGAUUCUACUCUGCUUUUAUCCUUUUGAAGACUGGGAUAUUGCCUCCCAAAAAGGUAAAUGCUAUCAAGAGUAGAAAUUUGUAGCUGUAGAUUAGUUAUGUUUAAAACGCCUACUUGCAAGUCUUGCUUCUUUGGGAUAUCAAAAUGUAUUUUGUGAUGUACUAAGGAUACUGUUCCUGAAGUCAACCAAAUAUUAUAGUGCAUUUUAGCCUAAUUCAUUAUCUGUAUGAAGUUAUUAAAGGUAGCUGUAGAUUACUAGGAAUUAUGUCAUUUGUAUUAAACCCAGAUCUAUUUCCAAUAUGUGGUACAUGCUGUUGUGAAAACUGUUUUAACUUUUACCUUUGUCAGUUUGUAAUGAAAGGAUUUCCUUUUUCCCUUUGUAGCUCAGAGAGCACCCAGUGUAUCAUCUCAAACACAAUAAACAUGUUCCCCAAGGAGUAGUUUCUUUGUUUUCCUAUUUUAAAUUAAUAUUUGAAAAAAUUUAAUUAUAGUAACAAGGCAGGGCUAAUGUAUCACAGAUCCCUGUGGAUAAUCUUUAAAUUAAUAUACAUAAGCAAAGGCUUGCUAUUAAAUGUUUAAUGCACACCUGUGGAUUGUUUAAGUUUUCCCUGGGUUUUUUGGUUUGGUUUGGUUUGGUUUUUACAGAACAAAUGUCAUUUCCAUAAUUUCCUUAACUACUCAGCUCUUUUUCAAGUUGCAAUGAGAGCAUUGCAUAUGCUUCCUCCAAAAGCUAAUGUAGCUGGUUGCUUCAGGGCCAGACCUGUUCUUGUAAUAGAUGGCCUGGUCUUGCUACAAACUCCUUUUUGCAGGACCAGAGCCCAGUUAAAGAUAGUCUGGUGUUUUUUGUCAGAGUAAAGCAAGUUGGGCUUGCUAAUCUGGAGAACCACAAUUGUCCAUUGAAAAUGGUCUUCCAAAGCACGGUUAAACACUAGUCUGUCCAGAAGAGAAAUGAGUAGAAUAAACUUCAUCAGAUAUUUAUGACAGAAAAAAAAAACAUUGUUAGUGAAAAUGCAAGAUGUAAAACUUUAGACUACUUUUCCCCCUCCCUUCUUCAAUUUCUGGCUUGGAAAUUUUGUAACAUCUGUAAGUAAUGAAGAUACAGCUUUAUAGCACAUACAGUAGAGUCACCAAUAGUUUUAUAAUUUAGCUUUUGUAGGUUGCCAGUCACACUAUUGAUUAUACAAAAAGACAUUUGAUCCCUUUAAAUAAUAUUUAAAAUUACACCUGAUUUUAAAGUUUACUGUCCCCUUUACUGCCUGGUGUUUUUGGAGAUAAUGUAGCACUUCCGUCAGUAGGAUGCUCUGCUCACUUAAUAUAUGAAAAAUGAAUGUUAAGUUUAAAUACUAAAGCAAUAGAAAAAUGUUAAAGAUUAAAUCUAAAGUUAGCCAUCACUA